AUGAUUUCAACAAUCGGCACAACAACAAUUCAAGCCACGAACGGCGGGACUCUGUCCACAACUACAGCACCAAACUCGCUAGUCAUGAAUCCUACGUCAAUGUUGGUAGAGAUGAAAAGCUUUAUUCCUUCUUCAUAUACUUUUGAAACAGAAAUCCAGAAGAUAAAGCAAGAACUUUUAACAAGUAAUUUAGACUGUAGUGCGAAAGAUGAAACAAAUGAACAGUAUCUUUAUGAAAUGGAGGACCUCAUCGACCAUUUGCCUAAACUACCUGAAAUUCAGCAGCAAAAACUAACUAUUCCUGAAUUCGACGAAAUUGAAGUCAAAGCAACUGACUCAGUAGAAAUUAAGAAAUUCAUACGUAAAGUAAAUUAUGAAUUCCUUGGUUUUCAUUGCAACCAUAAAGUUAUGGACAAAGAUUGCGACAUGGUUUAUAAAAAUAUUUCUGACCUUUACAAAUCCGAAGAAUUUAAGACAUACGAUAACUUUGUUUCAUUAGUUGCAAAAUGUGUAUGGCAGAUAAGAGAUAAAGAUAGAAGAGGUAAAGUAUGGAAUGAACAGAUAAAACCAGCAGCUUUUGAGUUAA